AUGGAUCCUAAUCAUUUUCAUUAUCAACAAGCUAUGUUCAAUUUCAUGCAAAAUUAUCAAAAUCCUAAUUCUCAAAAUUCUCAAAUUCCAUCAGUACCACCAAACCCCGCCAUAUUUUUUCCGUCACCAAACAAUCCAAAUAUGUAUCAAAAUCCUAAUCCUCAAAAUUCUCAAGUUCCACCAUUUUCUACUCAAGUUGGUGUUGAAAAAGAAGAAAGGGUUCUCGUUAAAAAAAAAUCUCGAGAGCAAUUUACAAGGGAUGAGGAUAUAUGUCUUAUCCAAUCAUGGCUCAAUGUUUCAAAGGAUCCAAUUGUGGGAGUUGAUCAAAAAGCUGAGAGUUUUUGGCAUAGAAUCACUGCAAAUUAUAACCAGUAUCGCAGGCAAUUGCGAGAAAAGUUAAGUGGUCAAUUAAAAUGUCGAUGGCAUCGAAUAAAUGCGUCGGUUCAAAAAUUUGUUGGGUGUUAUAGACAAGCUGUCAAUGGAAAGAAAAGUGGGACAUCGGAGAACGAUAUCAUGGCUGCUGCACAUGAUUUUUAUGCUCAAGAUCAAGGUACAACAUUCAAUCUUGAGUAUGCAUGGUGA